AUGCAGUCGACAGCUUUACAACCACCAGCUCCUCCAGACAUACGUCAAGUACAGCAAGGCUUCAGUCAUAUGAGUAUGAACUCUCAGUCAACGAUGCCGCAGCCAGCUAUGCCACAGCCAGCUAUGCCACAGCCAAUGAACCCAGCCUGGGGUGGAUCACAUCCUGGUGCACAUCCUGGUGGAUCACAUCCGCUAGAUCCGCGGAUUGCAGCUCCAGUGCAUCAUGCACCAGAUUUAAUCGAUUUAACUUCUGAAAGGAAUGUUCUGCAGUUGGGAUUCGAGGAUAACGAAUAUGUACUUCCUCAUAAUAUGGCGAACAACUCCGCAAGGGUAGAUCCAAGUGUAUUCCGCUGUACGCUGACAAUGGUGCCUCAAACUGAAGAAUUAUUGAAGAAGAGUCGUUUGCCUCUCGGUCUCACCCUUCACCCUUUUCGUGAUAUGAAGAACUUAAAUAUAAUCCAAACAUCAACUAUUGUCCGUUGUCGUUAUUGCCGAACUUACAUAAAUCCAUAUGUUUACCUACCAGACUCACGACAUUGGAAAUGCAAUCUGUGCAAUCGAAACAAUGACCUCCCAGAUGAUUUCUGUUGGGAUCCGAACACGAAAUCAUUCGGAGAUCCUGUGAACCGACCUGAAAUAAAACAUCCAACUGUGGAGUUCAUCGCGCCAAAUGAGUACAUGCUACGGCCACCGCAGCCUGCUGUCUACGUGUUUGUUUUGGAUGUGAGUGCGGCCGCUGUUGAAGCAGGUUAUAUUUACACGUUUUCUGAGCAGCUUCUGAUAAAUCUUGAUCAACUUCCUGGAGAUGACAGAACACAGGUAGCAUUUGUUUGCGUUGAUUCUAUGGUUCAUUUCUACCAGUUUUCGUCUGGAUCGCGACGCCUUCCUAAGGAACUGAUUGUUGAUGAAGUUGAUGAGAUGUUCCUUCCGUCGCAUCAGGGUAUUUUGAUCCCUCUAAAGAAAAACGCUGACGCUGUUCGUGCAUUUGUGGAAAAGCUUCCAAUUCUUUUCGAACAUGCUAGCAGCUCUUCAAAUUGCCUGGGAUCUGCGUUGAAGAUUGUGCACGAAUUGAUAGUAAGUAUUUCUGCUGUCUAA